GAAAAAAAAUAAACCUUACAAAUUCGAGCAAAACAGAAAUGUGCUAGUCGGAUGGUUACAAGCAGUGACAGAUUUUCCUAUUGAAUAGCGCAAAGUUUUUGAAAAGACGAAGGAAAAAUUGAAAGAAAAAAGCAGUGUGAAUUGAAGCCCGUUUAAAAUGAGUGCCAUAGUUGGAGCUGCAAAUGCGAUUGGCGGUGCUAUCACAGCAGCAAAUAGUGUGGGUUAUUUUAUUCCCAUGUUGGUGGCUGCCGUUGCAUACUAUCAAUACGAAGAGAUAAUGUCACCGGAGUCACGACCAAUUGACAUUCCCACGGAGCAUUUGCUCGACGAAUAUGACUUCAUCAUAGUAGGUGGUGGAUCAUCAGGAGCUGUCGUGGCAAAUCGAUUGACAGAGGUGGAAAAUUGGAAUGUGUUAUUGUUAGAAGCAGGCGGCGAUGAAACUGAAGUGUCUGAUGUACCGUUGAUGGCUGGCUUUUUACAACUGAGUCCGCUGGAUUGGAAAUAUAAAACGGAACCACAGGGAACGGCAUGUUUAGCUAUGAACGGUGGUCGCUGCAAUUGGCCGCGAGGCAAAGUAAUAGGUGGCUCAUCGGUCCUAAAUUACAUGAUUUACUUGCGUGGACACAAAAAGGAUUAUGAUAAUUGGGAAGCGAUGGGCAACACCGGAUGGGGUUAUAAAGAAGCGUUGUAUUACUUCAAGAAAUCGGAAGACAACACGAAUCCAUAUUUGGCAGCGAGCCCAUAUCAUUCAACCGGUGGUUACUUGACCGUUUCCGAAGCUCCAUUCCACACUCCAUUAGCAGCGGCUUUUGUUCAAGGUGGUGUCGAAAUGGGCUAUGAAAACACCGAUUUGAAUGGCGAAAAGGGAACUGGCUUUAUGAUUGCCCAAGGAACUGUUCGUCGUGGAAGUCGAUGCAGUUCUGCAAAAGCAUUCUUACGACCGGCACGUUUGCGACCGAAUUUGCACGUUGCCAUGCAUUCGCAUGUGACCCGCUUGAUGAUUGACCCGAAAACGAAGCGAGCAUUUGGUGUUGAGUUCGUUCGAGAUCGCAAACUCCAUUACAUUCGUGCAUCGAAAGAGGUUAUCGUGUCUGCUGGUUCAGUGAAUUCACCGCAGAUCUUGAUGCUUUCGGGCAUCGGUCCAAAGGCUGAAUUGGCAAAGCAUAAAAUUCCACUAAUCAAAGAUGCUCCAGUUGGUGAAAACUUACAAGAUCACAUCGGAAUGGGUGGUUUAACUUUUGCGGUGAAUCAAGAGGUGUCUAUCGUUGAAAGCCGGGUUCAAUCAGUGUCGACCGUUUUGCAAUAUGCCGUUUUUGGCGAAGGCCCAUUGACUAUUUUAGGCGGAGUUGAGGGAUUGGCGUUUGUCAAAACGAAAUACGCAAACGCUAGCGAAGAUGUGCCAGACAUUGAAUUCCACUUUGUCUCGGGUAGCACAAACUCGGAUGGAGGAAAUCAACUGCGAAAAGCACAUGGACUAACCCAAAAAUUCUACGAUGCUGUUUUUGCACCUUAUAACAACCGUGACACCUGGAGUAUUUUGCCAAUGUUACUUCGCCCAAAUAGCACCGGUACGAUUCGGUUGAGAAGCCGCAAUCCAUUUGACUAUCCGUACAUCUAUCCGAAUUACUUCUUCGAUGAAUCGGAUAUGAACACGCUCGUUGAAGGUGUCAAAAUUGCGGUGGCCGUUUCACAGACACAUUCAAUGCAACGCUUUGGUUCGAAAUUGGUUGCGUACAAAUGGCCUGGAUGCAAUCAAAUGAAAAUGUUCACGGACGAUUUCUGGAAGUGCAUGAUUCGACAGUACUCGGCAACCGUUUACCAUCCGGUUGGUACCUGUAAAAUGGGACCGUAUUGGGAUCCAACCGCUGUUGUCGAUCCAGAGCUACGAGUGUAUGGUGUUCGAGGAUUGCGUGUCAUUGACGCAUCUAUCAUGCCCAAACUUGUUGGAGCAAACACAAAUGCACCCGCCAUGAUGAUAGGCGAGAAAGGUGCUGAUAUGAUCAAAGAUUAUUGGAUCCAUCAAAUAACGGCCGGUUUCAAAUAAAAUGAUCACAUCAAAACGGUAUUUUGUUCGUGCGUAUUUACCCUGAAUAAUUUACCCAAUUUUAAAGGAAUUCCCACGCACCGAAGAACGAAUGACAAAUUUCCGUUGAACUAAUUUAUUUUCACGUAUUUUUCUUUCUAUUUUGGAUUUACAAACCAACAAACUAUUCAAAUAGACCGUCGAUUUGUAGAAUUUUUGAACCGCUCUCAAAAUUUGCUCUACUUUUUUUUUAAAUUACAAAAUAGCCGUUAAGUAAAUAAGUAGAAUAAUGUAAUUGUGAUAUUAAUUAAACAAAUGACAAACAACGAAUAUUCAAUUGAAAGAAGUAAAAAUGAAAUAAAUACAAAGGCAUUGAAAAUAAGGAGUUUGUAAAUGAGUUUAAAGUAAAGGACUUUGUAUGCGAGUGUAUUUGAGCUCAACAUUUGACCGAAACGAGUCUAUAUUUAUCUCAACAUUAAGGCAUGUGUAACAAAUGAAUAAAAAACAAUCUCAAAUAAUAUAU